ACGAUUACAUAGAGACCCUGAAAAUCGAAAGCAUCAGCUCUCUCGCGCUCGGCGACUUCUUUAUAAGGAAAAUACUACACGAGUCGCGCGCUGUGUAUACGUUCGGCGGCAUGCGUCCUUUAUUAAUUCUCGCCGAAAAACAACGCCUCCGCUCGAAACUGUCUACUGCUACGCGACGACCAGUUAUUUAAAACACUGCCGAAGCUUCGUUUUGUUUUCUGCGCUGCUCUUGUCUCAGGUGCGUUUAUUUUCGGAGCUCCAGGUAGGCCCAGUUAUAAAGUGCGUACUGUCGGUCGCGUUUGUUUCGUAUAAACUGAGCCAGCCUCAUCAGUCGCGAGAUGGUUCGUGUGAUAACCCAGGAGACGUACGACGAGGUCGUCCAGGAGAACAUCAAGGAGUUUUCCAUGUCACCCGAGGAGGCUAUCAAGGAUGCCAUCGACCAGUUCAAUGCGCAGGGAGUUGACCUGUCUAACAUCAUCAAGGACUUGUCCCUCAACAGUACGACAGAUGACAUUACAAGUUGCAUAAAGAAGCUCGCAGAGUGUGCAAAGACAGCUGAACAUGAGCAUGCGACUCCUUUGCUGAACAAGCUCAAGUCUGAACUGGAGAAGGAUAUCGCCAGGAGGGUGUUUGCGGGGAAAAAUGGAGCCUAUACCACACUGCUGGAGGUGAUAACUAGCUGUAAGGAUGAGCCUCUUCUGCUCCGGACAGCCUUGAAAACAAUGACUGUCUUGAUGACAGGUAAUCCUGAUUUAUUAGAUGAUGCUGGAGUAGAGCUUCAGAAAAGCUUGUUAGAUAGUAACCACAACGACCCACAGACACUGCAGUUAAUAUUGAAGUGGAUAAAGGAAUGUUGUAUGAAGCAUGAAAUCAACAGGCAAAUGAUUUUCAAUGCAGGAGUUUUGGAAAACUUAAAGUCCAUACUUCAUGAAAAAGAUGCCAAUGUUGCCGUUGUCAAAGAAGUUUGUGUUGUACUCAGAGCCCUAACAUUAGACGAUGAUAUAAGACAUGCUUAUGGAAAAGCUCAUGAACACGCUGCCACCAUUGCCAGACAAACAUUGCGUACACUCACAGGAUUACUGUCAAUUUACAAGACUGAUAAAGUUAUAGUAGGAGAAAUAAUGUUAACAGCAGCAUCCAUAAUAGUUCGAAAUGAAUUCUGCCAAGAUUUCGAAGAUGCUGGGGGUUUACAGUUCAUUUUAGAUGUAUUUACAAACUACCCUGAUGUAGAAAAAAUCAACUGGCAAGCGCUUAAGUUACUCAAAAACUUAGCUGGUAACGACGAUGUGAAAGCUCAUAUUAUAACAUCUGGGAUUGCUCCACUGAUUGUCUAUGCUAUAAGUAGAUUAAGGAGUUCAGAAGCUGUAGUAACAGCAGGACUUGCUUGCAUAUCAGCAUUGACAUUGAAAAGUCCCUCAAACGCUGGCGUCUUUUACGAUUGCGGGGCCGUGCCGAUUAUAAUCGAUGCAGUCAAAGCUUAUCCCAAUAGUGCCAAUGUGAUUCAGCAAGCUUCUUGGGCAGUCAGGAAUAUGUCGGUCCGUAAUAAGCAUGAAUCGAGAGAAUUUAUUGUAUAUGGCAUUGAGGAUAUAUUCAACAGUGCUCUCGAGAAACACGGAGAAAAUUUAGAAAACGACCUAAAGGCAGCUUUGAGAGAUUUGGGCUUGAAAGUAAAUUUAAAGGAGCAAUGGACUGGAAAAGGCCGCGUUUUGACGCAUGAUUAAUGUGAUUUGCUUUUACAAAUCAAAAUAUUUGGAAUUAUUAAUUUUAAAAUAAUUAUUUUGGUUCGUUGAAAACGAAAAGAUAUUGUUAUUUUAUAAUUAGUUAAAUUAUUUACUGCCUAUUAUUACAAUUUAUAAUUUUUUAUAUAUAUAUAUAUAUAUAAAUAUUGAAUUAAACUGAACACAUUUUUUCGUAUUUUUGCUUUCUACUUUUUUUGCUGUAUUUUUCUUUAGUGUAUAAGUUGGGAAUAACAUAACUGAUACACGUAGGCAAUCAAUGACAAAAACGUGUAAAAAUACCCUAUUUUUGUAAAAAGUUGAUACACAAUGAUGACAAUAAUAACAGUGAAAUAGAAUAUAA